AUGAGUGGCGUGAAGAAAUAUGAAAUCUCCGAGCCAUGGCUUAAGCUCCAUUGCGCCCUCGGCGAAGCCCCCUUCUGGGAAGAAUCCACCAACACCCUACGCUUCGUCGACGUCGAAAAGCAGGAACUCCACCACGUCUCCCUCGCCGACGGCCCCUCCUCCCACAAAGUCGUUAAGCAACACGACAUCAGCAUAGGCUGCACCGCGGACAUCGAAGGUAACGACACCGAGUUCAUCUUCGGCGGCAAGUACGGCUACGGCAUCUGCAACCGCCAGACGGGCGAGUACCGCUGGAUCAAGAAAGUGUGGUCGGACGAGGAGGUCAAGGCGGGCAAGCCGGAUAGGUUCCGCGGCAACGAUGGCGCUGUGGAUAGUGGGGGCAGAUUUUGGGUCGGCUUCAUGUUCGAUCCGUUGGUCAGUGAGAUGAAUGACGAGGGUGCGGUGUUCAAGUUGCAUCCUGACGGGACGCUUGAUCGCCCGCUGAGUGGGAUCACCAUUCCGAAUGGGACGACGUGGAAUCAAAAGGAUGAUACCAUGUUCUUCGCCGACAGUCCGUUCAAGACGAUUUACCAGUUCGAUUACGAUGCGAAGACCGGGAGUGUGUCGAACAAGCGUCCGUUCUUUGUUAUGCCCAAGGACAACAGGUAUGGUGAGGGUGCGGUGCCGGAUGGUCAUUGUAUUGAUGAGGAGGGAUUCAUGUGGACAGCACUGCACGGAGGAUCUCGCGUUUUGAGGAUCUCGCCAAAGGGAGAGAUCGUCGCGGAAAUCAAGGUACCGACGAGUCAGCCUACGUGCCCGUGUUUCGUGGGCGAAGAGUUGGUUAUUACGAGUGCGGGCGGAAAUGCCGGUGAGGGAGGAAAGCCUGUGGACGAGAACGCAGGCAGUGUUUUCAAGAUCAAUGUGGGCGUCAGGGGAUUGAAGAGGUUCCGGUUCAAGGGUGGUGCUGCGGUAGAAGGUGGAAAGGAGGAAGGGAAGGUAGUCGGAGAGUAA